AUCGCAGAAGCGCAAAUGCGACAAGAGGUUGCCCAAUUGCACUCGGUGUGAGAAGUAUGAGCCCUUGUCCCAGUGAGGUAUAGUCAUCGAUGGGCUCACAUUGCUCUUGUCGCAAGGUUGGAAUUAAAAUGCAACUAUGACUGGUAUCCUGGAGAAGACCAAGCCCGCCACCAAUACAAGUCUUUAUCGGACUUUCUUCUCUUUCAUGUCCCGGUGGCAUCAGGUCAGCAACGGCUACCUGGCAUCUUUCUGCCCGUGCAAUCCUACAGACAGAAUAUCGACUCCCGGAGCCUUUCUAUUGACCGAUUCGUUGUGGACUUGGUGAUGACUGCUUUGUCUGAGCGAAGCGUGUCAGUAGACGCUAUUCUAUGUGUUUAUUUCAGGAAUAUUCAUCGGUGGUUGCCCGUUAUCGCGGAGCAGAAGUUCCGAGCACAAAUAUCACAUAUUCAUAGUGGCCUUUCCGCGGAACUGGCGCUUCUCUUACUGGCAAUGUAUCUUCUCAUGGAGAACGAAUGGGACGAAAGCAGCAACCAGACGGGAGGCCAGCAACAUCUUGACCAACAUUGCAGCUAUUUGGUCUCGUUUUUGCUCCUGGCGCGCGGACCAUCCUUGGAACUCGUACAAGCAGGCUUGCUACUCAUCCUAUAUGAGUUGGGAUCUGGCUUCUUGGAAGCCGCGUUCUUGAGAGUAGCAACAUGUGCUAGGCUUGCGUAUAUACUUGGACUACAGGUUGAUGAAUCCUUCGUGGACGACUGCUCUGGUGCGUGGUGUCAUGCGGAAGAGCGGAGAAGAGUCUGGACUGGGUUAUACAUGAUGGACCGCCUUGUUUACCAGGCUAUGCCAGGUAUAAUGGCCCCGCAUGCGGUUGAAGAGCCAGACGAUGGCUUCCCGCUUCCAAUUGGCGACCAGGAAAGCGAACAGAAGCCAAACAAAGCAUUUCCGUCGUUCACAACCUCACUUAAUGUUCCAUUGUCUUAUUACACUCGCGAGAUCCAAGCGGUUAGAAUUUUAGGAAACGUGCAGAUGCUGCAGAAUUUAGCGCGACUGGAUUCGUUUCAACAACAUUUUCAUCUGAUAGACAGCAAUUUGAUGCAGCUGAUGCAGCGAUUGUUCGAGCAAAGCGUUGGCUGGGAAGCUUAUCUUGGCGCCACUGCAAUUGCCCUGAUGGCUGUUCUUACUCUUCACCGCAGUCAAGUGGGAUACGGAGCUCCAAGCGUCAUAGCACAGCUUCCGGAUAUACUGCACAGAGCCCCUCUGUCCAUGGCCGCACUAUCCUCUGUCAUUACCAUGGUCCGUGACAUUUGCUUACAACUGAAUGCACUCAAGACCAGAGAAGAGAUCGCCAGGGUCCCGCUACCAGCUGUUAUGUGCAUUGGCGAGACAGCUCUUACAGCACUUUGGUUGAAACAAGCAGACCCUGACGAGUCGCAUGUGGAUAGUCUACCUUUCAAGCUAGCAUUGGGACGUGUUAAGCACUACUGGAUCCUCGCAGAUUACUAUAUUAAGAAGCUUGUCCGGAAUGAAGCUGCGCACCUUGACUGUGGCAUGCAAGACUCCGUUCAGAACCAGAUACCCUGGUAA